AUGGCGCAGGUCUAUCAACAAAACUUCGAACAGCUACGCCAGCAAAAUCCACAGCAGUUACCAGGAAUGCCUCACCAGCAGCAGCAGCAGCAGCAGCAGCAGCAGCAGCAGCAGCAGGCGCAGCAGGCGCAUUCGGGCUUUCCUGCCGGCGCCACCGCCGGCGCCACCGUCGGCCACCCCAAGCCAAUCCGGCGGAGAAUGCGCAUGAUCACAUCGUGUCUUGAGUGCCGGCGGCGCAAGCUCAAGUGUAACAAAUCGAACCCCUGCGUCAACUGCCUCAAGUUCGCCCGCGACUGUCUUUACCUGGGCCCAAAGCUCGACGAGGCGAGCCAGCUGCGCCUGACGGAGAUCAAGGAGAAGGUCGGCUCCCUGGAGCGCCAGCUGGAAAGAGACGUGGCAAAGUCCGGGUCCCGCGGCUUCUACCAGCAGCGGAUACUGGCCGAUGACGUGGAGGGCGAGUUUGACGAGGAGAGGGACCUUGAGAUCACGCCCAUGGUGGCUCUUGAUCUCACGUACGAGGACGACGCCGACGGGAUGGACGAUAUUAUGGACCUGGGCGUGCAGGUGGGUAAGAUGCGGCUGACAGAGAAGAUUGGUGGUUUGAACCGGCCGAGGAUAUCGGAGGAGAUCCGAGCAGGGCUUUCCGGUGGCGUGCAGCAGUCUGACAGUGGCUUAUUUCCACCGACUGUGCCUGUACCGCCGAGCCAACCAGGCGCAUUCUCCGAAUCAACGGGCCCCGAGCAAUCCAUUCCCGACUUUUUGCGGCCUGGCACGUCGUACAUACCGCCGACGAGCGGCGUUUUCUUCGGCCAGGUGGUCCAGUCGCCGAGUCUCUUGACCUUUCUACCCGCAAAACUAGCCGGCGACCGCCUCCUCCAGUAUUACUUCGAAAGCGUACAUCCUAUCGCCCGGUGUGUACACAGGCCGUCAUUCGAAGCACAGUAUGCAAGCUUUUGGGAUGAGGCAGCAGAUGGCUACGAGCCGCGGGCCUCAGCCCAGGCUGUGGUGUUUGCUGCGUGGUUCAGCGCAGCCGUCGCACUUGACGAGACGGCAAUCAACCGAGAGUUCGGCUUGACCAAGGCCAAUCUGGUCGAGAACAUGAAGGUCGGGACCGAGGUCGCGCUGAGCAAGGCAAACUUCCUCAGGACGACAAGGGUGGAGACGUUACAGGCGUUUGUGAUGUACAUGAUCCCUCUCUGCCGGGAGGAGGUCUCACGAGCCCAUUCCGUGCUCGUUGGCGCGGCAGUCCGGAUGGCAGAGUGUAUGGGCCUACACCGAGACGGCAGUAAAGCGUAUAACCUCAAUGCCUUGGAUACUCACAUCCGGCGCCUGAUAUGGCACCAGCUGUGCUUCUUGGACAUCCGCACAUGCGAGGCACAGGGGCCCAAACCUGCCAUAAGGAGGGAGGACUACGACACCUGGCUCCCGGACAAUUGCGAGGAGGACCAGCUCACCAGCUCGAUCCGCCAGCCGUCCGUGGCCGACAGCUGGACGACGACGCUCUUCCCACUGAUCCGGUUCGAGGUCAACGAGAUGAUGCGCAUAAUCUGGGCCGACAGGCGCAAGCUCGAGGCGCGCAAGAUCACGCUGACGCAGGUCCUCACCAAGAUCGAGAACUUCCGCAAGCGCAUGUUCGACAACUACAACCACCUCCUGGACGAGCGGGUCCCCAUCCAGCGCUACGCCAAGCUCGUCAUGCACCUGCUCAUGUACCGGCUGCACGUCAUGAUCCUGCACCCUUACUACGCCAACACGGCCAGCCCCAUGCCGCAGCGCCUGCGCUCCGUCCUGAUCACGAGCGGCAUCACCAUCAUCGAGAUCGCCGUCCAGCUCGACACCAGCCCGGCCUUCCACCUGUGGAGGUGGUACAGCGGCGCGUACCAGCAGUACCAGGCGUCGCUGAUCCUGGCGACGGAGAUGUUCUACCACCCGAACCACAGGGAGGCCAACAGGAUAUGGGCGUGUCUCGAUUACGUGUUCAGCCUGGAUCCCAACCUAACAAACGAAGAAAAGGGAAAGCAGGUGCUCUCAGAGAUCAUGACCAAGAUGGGGGUCUACAUGAGCAUGCGGAAGACGAGGGCGCCGACCUGGACCACGGCCGCGAGCCCAGCCCAACAGGCCGUGAAAGAGGACAGUGUUGGUGAGAGUGCACCUUCUUCCGCUUCUGCAAGGCCCGCUUCACGACCGAUGGUGCCUCCAGCAGGCCAGCAGCAUCCGCAGCAGAUGGCUGCCUGCCCCGGCUCAGCGUACCAGACGGCACGACCUCCUUCCACGAGAGAGGAAGCAGGUGGUGGUGCUGCUUCCUCGAUGCCCUCAGCACCGAUGCGAGGGCACCAUUUCCCAGCGCAACCGCCUGUGUCAGGAGGUUCAGCAACGUCGGCGACUCCUCAAUCACAAAUGGCUCAGCAACAACAGCAGGACACAAACGGGCACAACCCAAACGUGGCAGGCCCGUGGAGCUUAGCGCCGCGGCUGCCGGCGGACUCUGAUAGCCCGGAGAACUCGAGCACUGACGGUGGUUCCGUAGCGAGUGGCAGUGGUCUGAGACAAGGGAACGCGGCUGGAAUGGCCACGGCCACGGGGCCCGGCGGCGGUGGGAGCAUGGCGGCGGGCAACUUGGAUAACGAAUGGUCCACCUACCAGGAAGAGGCUAUCAACGCCCUGUUUCCCUUCGACCCUCAGACCGGUAGCUUCGCGGGCUUCGGCGAGCCGAUGGCGAUGGGGAUGAAUAACAACGGCUGGGCCCCGCAGCCCCGGAGUCAGGCACAGAUCCAAAAUGAUGGCAGGGCAAAUAGAGGUGGAUAUAACUAG